UGGACGACGUGUCCUCCGGGAGUGGGCGGAGCGCAGAUUGUGUCUACGCAGGCAGUCGCUUGUAGUUUCGAGUAUAUCACAUCUGUCGUGGAAAGAAGGGCCUGGAGAAGGUGCAGAUUUCCCACUGGAGUUCCGUUUCAAUAAUAGAAGCAGUGCCGGAAAGGAAUAAUCUUUAUAAGAGUUGACUAUUUUCUUUAAUACUUCCUCUUCAUUAGGAAAGCAAGAUGGUGGCAAAACAGAGGAUUCGCAUGGCCAACGAGAAACACAGUAAAAACAUCACACAGAGGGGCAACGUGGCAAAAAGCACCAGAAACAGCCAAGAUGACAAGGUGUCAGUUGGACCCUGGCUGUUGGCGCUCUUUAUUUUUGUCGUUUGUGGAUCAGCGAUCUUCCAGAUUAUUCAGAGCAUUAGAAUGGGCAUGUAAUGCGGCACAGAAAGCAAGCAACCCAGUGAUGCUUACCACCUGUUACAAUGUACCUGUUUGAGAACCAUACUGUGCUUAAGAAUGCAGAUAUAUUUUUGGAAUAUUCUAGAAUUUUUCAUAUGCUAUACAUCUGUAUAUAAAAUACAGAAUUAUCCUUGAGUGCCUUAUCUAAAAGCCAUGCAAAUGUAUUUUCCCAUUCCAGCCUGGGACCCGUUAAAUAUAAUGUACUGUACAUUCCUGUUCACUUUGUAAUUAUUAUAAAAUGUAUGUUCCAUUCUAAUUGUUUGGUAUAGCUUGUGAUUUUAUUUUAAUUCUUUCUUACUGUAAUUAUUUCCUCUUUAUUUUAAAAGAAGGAUAAUUUUCUUUAGAAUGUGUUUUGGGCUCAUCCCAAAAGCAACAUGCUUUGUCAAUAUAAAUAGGCUUCAGACAUUAAUUAUGCUUCAGAUUGUUUAGAAAUAUACUGCCUAAAGCUUUUGUGUAGGAUUUAUGCAAAAACACUUUCAAAGAACAAGUGUACUUUAGUUCAUAGAUGCAGAUUUGUAUAUUUAAGCCUCAAGCACCGUUUCAAUCUUGUAAUUCUUGUGAUAUUUAUUCAAAAAUUGCCACUGAUGUGUUCUGUAUUUGGGGGAGUGGGAUGAUUACAUAAAUUGAAAGAGUGUGAGAAAGUAUGAUUGAUUACUGUCGGCUUACACAAACAAUUGCUGAUUGUGAAAGAAUUUGCCAUGAAUGCCCACCAAAUAAACAGAAUUUGUAAAACUUU